ACCACGAUACCACCUUUCUGAUUUCAAUAUCUACAGUAGAUAUAUUUUGUUUUGGGUCUGUGUAAAUGCGUUUACAUACAAAUCAGGUUUAAAAUGUGGUCCCGACAGUUAAAUGGUGUUUUAAAAAAUGUUCCAAAAAUUGGAUCACUUCGUACUACAGCCACAGCUGUACCAGGAGAACCGAAAGGGCCUAAUAUUGUAACUGCAGUACCAGGACCCGCAUCAAAAAAACUCAUCGCUGACUUAAAUACUAUAAAUCAAAGUGGUUCGGUACAGUUAUUCGCCGAUUACGACAAAUCAAUUGGAAACUAUCUAAUAGACGUAGACGGAAAUGUAUUUCUGGAUGCAUUCACUCAAAUAUCUUCCAUACCAAUAGGGUAUAACCAUCCAGAAUUAUUAAAAGUCUUCCAUGAAGACCACAAAUUGAAAGCUCUAGUUAAUAGGCCUGCUCUUGGAGUGUAUCCUGGAAAAGAUUGGCCAGAAAAAUUGAGAAACGUUUUGUUAUCAGUAUCGCCAGGACUGCCCCAAGUCAUGACUAUGAUGUGUGGAUCCUGUUCAAACGAGAAUGCUUACAAAGCUCUUUUUAUAAGUUAUCGUGCCAAAGAGAGAGGUGAAAAUGUCGAUUUCAGCGAAUUGGAAAACACGUCUUGUAUGGUGAACAAACCACCAGGCUCACCAAAUCUAACCCUCCUGUCUUUUCAUGGAGCUUUUCACGGAAGAACUAUGGGCACUUUGGCUACCACACACUCAAAAGCUAUUCAUAAACUGGAUGUACCUUCGCUGGAUUGGCCGAUAGCCCAUUUUCCUAGAUACAAAUAUCCAUUAGAAGAAAAUGUUAGAGAAAACCAAGCAGAAGAUCAAAAAUGUCUGGCUGAAGUCGAGGAUUUGAUCGAAAAAUACAACAAAAAAGGUACCUACGUAGCCGGUAUAGUCGUGGAACCUAUUCAGUCUGAGGGUGGUGAUAAUGAAGCAUCUCCAGAAUUUUUCCAGGAGCUUCAACGGAUUGCUAAGAAACACCGAGCAGGACUUUUAAUCGACGAAGUCCAGACAGGAGCAGGAGCCACAGGAAAAAUGUGGUGCCAUGAAUAUUUCAACUUAGAAUCUCCGCCGGAUAUAGUUACUUUCAGCAAGAAAAUGUUAACUGGUGGAUUCUUUCAUACACUCGAUAUGAGACCGAAACAUCCUUACCGCAUUUUCAACACUUGGCUGGGAGAUCCAGGCAAACUGUUCCUCUUGGAAGCGGUAGUUAAAGUGAUCAAACAGCAAAAUUUACUGGAACAAGUCCAGAAAACAGGAAACAGACUGAAAGCCGGACUACUAGAUUUAGAGAAACAACAUUCGAACUUGUUAAAUUCAACGAGGGGUCGUGGAUCAUUUUUGUCAGUGAAUACGACAGAUCAUGGGUUGCGCGACAAAAUUCUAGAAAAAUUGAAACAAAAAGGCGUUAUUGCUGGUGGUUGUGGAGACCACGCGAUAAGAUUGAGACCAUCAUUAGUAUUCCAGGAACAACAUGCCGACAUAUUUUUAGAUAAGUUUAGUCAAGUACUGAAUGACGUCAAAUAAAAUAUAUAUCUUUUUUUA